AUGCCCCAACAACAGCCCCGACCACUCAGUAAAACCACCAUUCAUGUAACUAAUUUAUCUUCAGAGGAAAAGGUUGGUCUCAAACUUAUGUUUGAAGCCAUGCCUGGAUUCCGUCGUAUGGCUUUUCAUUCAGACUAUUUGUUCGUCUGCUUCUCGGAUCUGACUUUUGCAACCCAAGCCAUCAACACUAUUCACACCAAGAUGUCGUUGCUUGUGCACUCUUUUCAGCAUCUCGUCAUCUUUGUUGUAUUAGCUAUUUAUCAAGUCUUUCUAUGUUUGGAAGAUAAAGGCAUUACUUGCUGCUGUUCCGCCGCUAUCGGGCGGUUGUUUUGCGCGUGGCUUCGAAAUGUGACACAAAUGCAGGCAUCUCAUGCAAAAAGUGGUAUACUGGGCCACUCCCAGCCAUCCAUUCCUGUUCCUCCUAGCUCGAUUCUGUAUGUUAGCUUAUUUCCUUUUUUAACCGAGGACGAGCUUGCAGGAAUAUUUGGAACCUAUGCGGGUUACGACAGUUGUCGGUUUUUCCCCAACCACGCUCUUGUUCGAUUCAAGAGCGUCCAAGAUGCAACAAAUGCGUUGGAAAGCUUAAACUCGCACACCAAUUUGUUUGCCAAUUUUUCUACAAAAGGCAAUCGAUGUGGAGCAGAGUCGGGCAACUUUAACAAUUCAGUUGCACAUUCAAAAAGCGAGACCAACUCUGCUCUCAACGAACUGUACAUACCAUCGGAUCAAAAUGCUUCAUCUUUGCUCAUACCCAAGUCUGAUGCUCAAUUACAAAGUACCGGAUUGGCUGAUCCUGUGUCGUCCAUGACGGAAUAUGCUGUCUGUCAGAACGACUCAAACGGACAUAUCAAUUCGGCAUCGACUUCAAUAAGAAGUUGUAGCAUAGAUAGUGGCACUACGUCAUCUACGUUAAACCACACUGUCCAAUCUUGCGGUAAUCUCAAAUCCAACACUCUAUCUAAAGGGUUUGGUUCUGGAAAUAUAAACAUUAUAUCACAGCGGUCUCCGAAAUGCACUAUUCAUGUUACGCAGAUUGACAAGGAUAUGGCGGGUCUUUACAAAAUGUUUAAAGCGUUUACUGGAUUUUCCAUGAUUGCAUUUUAUCCAGAUUACUGCUUUGUAUGUUUUAAAGAUAUUCAAACUGCAUCACAUGCUAUUGAAGAAGUACUGUUCAAGACUCGCAUGAAGGCCAGUUUUGCCCGUGCAGACUACACACUGCAUGCCAUCUCCAACUCUUCCAUUGGAGCCGUCAAUUCGAUUGUACGUGUAGCAGACUUUCCCUCGACUUCAACAGACGACGAUCUUUAUGCAUUUUUUUCAUUUUUUGAAGGGUUUAAAGAUGCCCAGUUUUAUCAGGCAUCUUGUUUAGUGUAUUUUUUUGAUACUUUAAGCGCUUCAGCAGCAUUAAAUACCAUCAACAUAACAACCAACUUUACUGCUAUAUUUUCCAAGAAACAAAACCCUAAUCCACCGACUGCCAGUUUUUCAAAUGUGCCAGAUGACAACACAAGCAAGAAGCCAUUUCGCACACGCGGCUCGCGAGGAAAGCGUAAGCCGAGCCGAGUGAAUGGGAGUGCACUAGUGGUUGAUACCGAUAUCACUUUUCAGUCUGACGCACAAGCCAACACUGCCCUUAUAAAGACAUCCUAUGAAUCUAUCCCACAUGUGCAACAGCCGCCUGAGCAGGUCCAGAAAAGCUUGGCUGCUCAAGUCGAAACUUCUCUUUCCAACACUACGCUUAUUAAGCCACCUGCUUUACCGCGCUUACCAUUUCUUGAUCCCGCACCUUCCGCUACCAGUACAGAAACCUACCAGCUAGAUUCUUUUGAUUCUAACAAUCAAGCCAUUUGCGUAACUGGCUCACAAUGUAUAUCAAAUAGUAAAGAGAUUUCAUGCUUGUCAUCUUCUGAUUUUGGCAUUCAGUUGCCUGAAUCUGUUGCUGCCGACUGUGAAAUUUUAGUCGAUCGCGAUGUGGAAAACACUACAACUACUGUUGAUAUCACUUCAUCUGCGCUGACAUCACCCCAUCGUGCAUCUCAAUCUAGUCUGUUUGACCAGCAAAGCACGAGGGACGCACACUCGUCUUCUGUUUUUAAUUCCAAGCCCUGCUCGCCUAGAUUUUCCUCUACACCAUUUCAAACAGCAGUUGCCACUACUUUGUCAUCGGCUUCUGCUGCUCCAGCUGCCGAACCAUCACGAUACCCAAUUUUUGAUGGCCCCCUGUCAUCUUCAAUCUGGGUAGCUCGUGAAAAGCUAGCAAGCGAUUCUUUUUAUCAAACCUCGUUAGGUGCAGUUUCUGCGACCACUGCUGUAUCCAACGGAAGCAGUAAUGCAGACAAUGCCUUUACUGCUACCUUGUCCACAUCUGUAUCAUUUACGGCUUUAUCUGCCAUAAGUUUACCUACAAUUCACUCUUGCGUGAAUUCAUUAUUUCCCAGUCCAUAUCAAGGCCAAAUGUUUGGCCAGUUGCUUCCCCAUCCACCACCGUUGCAGCAGCCCAGCCCACAAACAUUGUACGACACACAGUCUAAAUCUAUUGGUGAUCAAUUUGAACAUUCUACUAAUUCUUUAGCCAUGCCCACUCAACCACUUUCGAUCGAACAGCAAAAUCUGUAUAAUCGACAAUUAUCUCAUCCUUAUCAAAGGAGAUACCAGCACCAGUAUACUCCGUAUCAACACAUGCAUAGCCAACAAAAGCUUAUUCAAUCCAAGUUUUCUGUUCCGCAUCCACUCGUAACCACUUUUGAAACUCAAAUGAGCCACAAUAAAAGCAAUUUAGAUUUGGCAAUCUCGAGCGGAUCGCCUGAUCGAUCCGAUGCAUCCUUGCAAUCUUUUGCCGCAUCGAGUACUAUUGCAAUAUCCAACACAGAAACAGACCCAUUUUUGGUAGCAUUGUAUCCACAAGGUUCACGCCUAUUCAUUCCUACACCAUCAAGCUAUACGAUUGGAAAUAACUCGACAGUUCCACAUACAAGCCAAACUGUAUUGGGGAGUAUGACCAAGACUGUAGAUAUGCCCUGUGGGCAUACACAUCAUUGCACUUGCAUGGACGAGCCUUUGACACGGAGUACUCUAUCAACGAAUGAAGAGCGUGUUACACACUCGUUGGUAUUGGAAGCUCUCCAACAGCAAGUCAACUCGGCACGAACUGUCUUAGAAUCGAUCCAAGCACAGAUCACUGCUUUAACUAAUCUAUAUCCAUCAGCUCACGCAAUCACACCCGAGUCACCUACUGACACAACUACGCGAAACAUACCAUGCGACGAGCCAGUAUCUUUACUAGCCAAGACGUCGCAUGGAGCAGGAUCCAUGUUGGCGGAGAUUCAACAGUUACGAGCAGAGAAUCUGACAUUGAGAGAUGAAUUAAAAUGCCGCAGAGUGGAUGACGAGCAGAUUGGGAUGCUGCAAGGAUUACUCUCAAUGUGUGAAUAA